AUGGAAAAAAUAAGCAACAAUAAGACUAAAUUAGCCCUCGCUUUAUUAGGAGGCUUAUGUUCUUAUGCAUUUUAUCAUUUAAGAAAAAAAUUUAACUUUUCAUAUAUUUUAUUUUCAAAAAAAUGGUUUAGUGAAUAUUCUUUAAUGUGGCCAGGUCAAGCUUUUAGUUUAGAAAUAAAAAAAAUUAUUUACCAAACUAAAUCAAAGUUGCAAAAUAUUUUAGUUUUUGAAAGUAAAACAUUUGGGAAUGUACUAGUUUUAGAUGGAGUAAUACAAUUAACAGAAAAAGAUGAGUUUUCAUAUCAUGAAAUGAUGACACAUAUACCUAUGACUGUAUAUGAAGAUGCUAAAAAUGUUUUAGUUGUUGGUGGUGGUGAUGGAGGAAUAAUACGUGAAUUAUGUAAAUAUAAGUGUGUUGAAAAUAUUGAUAUUUGCGAAAUAGAUGAAAAGGUUAUAGAAGUAUCUAAAAAAUAUUUUAAAAAUAUUAGUUGUGGUUUUAAUGAUAAAAGAGUUCACAUUUUUAUUGAAGAUGCAAGUAAAUUCUUGGAAGAUAUAACUAAUACAUAUGAUGUUAUAAUUAUAGAUAGUUCUGAUCCAAUUGGACCAGCUGAAACAUUAUUUAAUCAAAGUUUUUAUGAAAAAGUAUAUAAUGCUUUAAAACCUAAUGGAGUUUGUGUUGCUCAAUGUGAAUCUAUAUGGAUACAUGUGGGAACCAUAAAAAAAAUGAUGAGUUUUACAAAAAAAAUAUUUAAAAAGGUGGAAUAUGCAAAUAUUAGUAUUCCUACGUAUCCAUGUGGAUGUAUAGGUAUACUUUGUUGUUCUAAAAGAGACACCGGCUUGAUGAAACCAAUUAAAAAAUUAGACUCAAAAGAAUUUGAAGACUUAAAGUAUUAUAGUUAUGAAAAUCACAUAGCUUCUUUCAAAUUACCCAUCUUUGUUUUAAAGGAAAUUGAAAAUGCAUAA